AUGACAACUAAAACACGCCAUAUUCUUAUAUUGUGUGAUCUUCAAUGUAAUUCUCCAGUUAUUGAAAAAGUUGGUUGUAAUGGAAAUAAGUAUAUUUAUCCUCCUAUUAAAGUUGGAACUCCUACAUAUAAAAAUGAAUAUAAAACAAUUCAUUAUUAUACUCCUGAACAUUUACUUCAAUUAAAACAAAACUUUCAUAGUGUUUCUGCUGUUACAGAUGUAUUUGAUAAACUUAUUUUAAAACGAUCAAAUUCAUCAACACCAAUGAAAAUAGUUACUGCUAUUUCUGAAAAUAUUGACUCAACUUCAUUCAUUCGUUCUUCAUUAAAUAAGUUAUGUCAAUCAAAUAUGUCUCAAAUUCUUAAAGAAUUGAAAACACAAGUAAGGACAAUUAAUGAUGCCAAAAUUGUUCUUGAUAUUCUUUUUAAAAAAGCAGUUAACGAAAAAAAAUUUACUAGUCUCUAUGUAGAUUUUUAUAAACAACUUCAAACAAUAUUAUUAUCAACACGUGAAGAAGUUGGAAAGGAAAUGCCUAAAAUUUUACUUGAUAACGCUCAACAUUUAUUUAUUAGUAUUCCAGAAAAAACUGAAGAAGAUCAAAAAACUGAAGAAGACUUAGAUAUUAUGAAAUUUGAAUUCUUAGGAAAUUGUCGUUUAAUUUCUGAAUUAUAUAAAUCUGGUUUAGUUAAAUCAGCACUACCCGUAUUAUGUAUGAACCAACUAGUUAAUGGUGGAUUAAUUGCAUUAGAAGCCCUUGCCCAAUUAAUGAGUGAAAUUGGAAAUAUUAAUCAAAAAGAAGUUAAACCAAUUAAAGAUAAAAUUGUACAAAGGGUAAAAGAGGAGUCUUUACCAAAACGUUAUUGUAUUAUUCUAGAAAAUGGAUUAAAAGCACUUGGAUUUAAUGAAAAAUUAAUGUAA